AUGGGACCCCUUACAAACAUGUAUGUCUUUGCUUGUGUCUUUACAUUCACACUAUGGAAUUAUAUCCAGCCAACUGUGGAAAAUGAAUUUAUUGCAAAUUAUUCAAGCAGUUUGCUUACUAAUGUUCCAAAAAACAUUCCAGUCCAUACUCAUGUAUUAGAUUUAUCACAUAAUAGGAUCUCUGGACUUAGUAUCUCAGAAUUUAUUUCUCUCUCUGACCUUCAAGUAUUGAAUCUUUCUUAUAAUCUAAUUUCGGAGCUUGACUUCAGCGUCUUCAUUUUUAAUCAAGAUUUAGAAUACUUAGAUUUAUCUCAUAAUAACAUUUUGAAAGUUUACUGUCAAACCCUUGCAUAUCUUAGACAUUUAGAUCUUUCUUUCAAUAAAUUUACUGCCCUGCCUAUCUGUCAGGAAUUUGGAAACAUGUUUCAUUUGGAGUACCUAGGAUUAAGUGCCACGAUGAUACAAAGGUCAGACUUCAGGUAUAUCAUACAUUUGCAGCUGCACACCAUCUUCCUGACCUUAGAAGACUUUUAUCUAUAUGAGCCUCAGAGUCUGACAGUCUUGAAUACAAGGAGCCUUCACAUUGCUUUUGCAGCGAACAAAAACUUCAGUUUUUCCCUCUUGUAUGAUGGAAUGAGCACUUCAGAAAACUUAAAAAUAGUUAACUUAAGAUAUACCUUGAGCUACAAAGAUUUCCCCUCUCCUUCUUUAAUGCUUCUGAAGAAAAUAAAGACAACAGCUCUGAUGCUUGAUACUGUGGACUUAGAAUGGGCUAUCAUUUUGCAAAUUUUCCUGCUUAUUUGGUAUUCUCCUGUGGAGCAUCUGACUGUGAGAAAUUUGAUUUUUCGGGGACCACUGGGGGUGCUGAAUGAAUAUGGAUCUCUACCCUUAUUAAGCUCUGUGGAACAAUUAAUCUCUUUGGGUGGCUCCAUGAAAGCACUAACUUUGGAGCAUGUUCGUAAUAGGGUUUAUUAUUUCAACCAAGAAAUUCUGUACAGGCUGUUUGCAGAGCUGAAUAUUGCCAGUUUGACAAUAUACGAUGCAUACAUGCCACACAUGCUUUGCCCCAAUAGAACGAGCUCAUUUCAGUAUUUAAAUUUUUCCCACAAUGCCCUGACGGAUGAAUUGUUCCAGAAUUGUGGCACUCUGACAGAUCUGAAAUUACUUAUUUUGAAGAGGAAUAAAUUUGAGAGCCUUUCCAAGGUAAGCUUCAUGACCAGCCGUAUGAAAUCACUGAAAUAUCUGGACAUGAGCAGCAACUUGCUGCGCCACGAUGGAGCUGAUGUGCAGUGCCAAUGGUCUGAGUCGCUGACAGAGCUGGACUUGUCCUCAAAUCAGUUGACGGAAUUGGUGUUUGAGUGCUUGCCGGUCAACAUCAAAAAACUCGACCUACAAAACAAUCAGAUCAGCAGCGUCGCCAAGGGGAUGGCUGAGCUGAAAUCCUUGAAGGAGCUGAACCUGGCAUCGAACAGGCUGGCUGACCUGCCGGGGUGCAGUAGCUUUACGUCCCUGGAGUUGCUGAAUGCAGAGAUGAACUUGAUCCUCACCCCAUCUGCCGACUUCUUCCAGAGCUGCCCAAGAGUCAGGGAGCUACAAGCCGGGCACAACCCGUUCAAGUGUACCUGUGAACUGCAAGCCUUUAUCCACCUGGAGAGGCAGUCUGGGGGGAGGCUGUUCGGCUGGCCGUCGGCGUAUGAGUGCGAGUACCCGGAAGGCUUGCGAGGAACGCAGCUGAAGGACUUCCACCUGACGGAACUGGCUUGCAACACGGCGCUGCUGCUUGUGACGGCUCUGCUGCUGACGCUGGUGCUGGUGGCUGUGGUGGUCUUUCUGUGCAUCUACCUGGAUGUGCCGUGGUACGUGCGGAUGACAUGGCAGUGGACGCAGACGAAGCGGAGAGCUUGGCACAACCACCCUGAAGAGCAGGAGACAGUUCUGCAGUUCCAUGCGUUCAUUUCCUACAGCGAGCGCGAUUCUUUGUGGGUGAAGAAUGAGCUGAUCCCGAACCUGGAGAAGGGGGAGGGCUGUGUACAACUGUGCCAGCAUGAGAGAAACUUCAUCCCCGGAAAGAGCAUUGUGGAGAACAUCAUUGACUGCAUUGAGAAGAGCUACAAGUCGAUCUUUGUGUUGUCGCCCAACUUUGUGCAGAGCGAGUGGUGUCACUACGAGCUGUACUUUGCCCACCACAAAUUAUUCAGUGAGAAUUCCAACAGCUUAAUCCUCAUUUUACUGGAGCCGCUCCCUGCAUAUAUUAUCCCUGCCAGGUAUCACAAGCUGAAGGCUCUCAUGGCAAAGCGAACCUACCUGGAGUGGCCAAAGGAGAGGAGCAAGCAUGCCCUUUUCUGGGCCAACCUGAGGGCAGCUAUUAGCAUUGACCUGCCAAUAUCCUUUGAAGGAAAUGAGGAGCAGAGUGAUGUUACUUCUACUAGUGUCGGGGUCGAUGUAGCUUGA